CAACUUGUUAAUAGCCUACAAAAGCUCUAGAAAGGAAAAAUGUAUGAUCCAAAAUGUUGUGUCAUACAUAUUGUAGAAAUCAAUAUAAAACAGAAGUGAAAUAAUUGCAAGGCCUACUUAGUUUCAAUAAAGUGUAGAAACAUACAAGGGUUGGUAUUUUCAUUUUUUUUCUUGAUAAUACACAUGCCAUCUUGUCCCACCAGUGACUUGAGAUUUUCAAACCUUCAGAUUACUCACCUUUGAAUUAUAACAAUGCAAAAUAUUCUUCCUUGAUCAAGCCUCUUACUUGUAUAUAACAUUACUAGCACUCUUGAGCUACUUAAGCUUUUGUUGGACUUACAUUUCUUUCUGCAACCUGCCUGCCUGUAUUUGCCUCUGCUUUUGUUUAUAGUUUCGGAUCAUGAUUGAUCUUGGACAAGGUACUGAUGGAAACAAUUUUUCAUCGUCCCGUCGAGUGUACCAGGUUAGCAGCAAAGAGACUAGAGCCAGCAAACAAUAUAACUUUUGGGGCCGAAAAGAAAGCAGGAAAUGGGAGGAUGAUGCAGAUUUACCAAGCUCUCCAAUAGAGUUUCAGACAGACGAAGGGGACUAUAGUGCUUAUUCCCCGCCUCUCUGGACUAACAAAAGCAAUGUGAAUUCAAAUUUGCUGCCACAUAAUCACCAUUACAGUUCUCCUCCACCAACAUCACGCUUGCAGGCGAUUGAAGAUGGCAAAAAGGAGCUGAUGGAAAUGGUUAAGGGAAUGCCUGAAUCCUCUUAUGAACUUUCUCUGCAGGAUAUGGUAGAGGAUGGAAUAGGAAUGAAGGAGGUUAAACAAGACACCAAGAAGAAAAGUGAGCGAAAUAGCAACAAAAGCAGUUUAAAGAGGCAUUCGAGGAGUCAAAGCAUGAAUGAUGAGGUUUUCCUCUUAAAGAUGUUUUUCCCUUCUUGCUUAAGCUGUAAGAAGAAAACAACAUUCGAGAACCACUCAAAGGUUUCUCGAGUGCCAUCGUUUGAUGGAUAUGAGAAACCAGUGGAUAAGGAAAGAUGGACUAUAAGCUGUCUUCUUUCAAGGAAAAACAGAAGUAACUCCAGUGGUAGCGGUAGCAGCAGCAGCAGGAGCAGCAGCGGAAGCACCUGCUGCAAUAGUAGCAGCAGAGGCAGGAAUGUUGAUGGCAACUAUACACAAGGUUGCUUGACAUCUGACAACCUAGGCAAAUCCAGAGGACAGAGAGGAUGCUUAUUUUAAGUAGACAGAGUAAGAUGUAAUUAUUUCAUUCUCCUCCAGAUUUUGUAAUUUAUAUGUUAUCCAGGUCUAUUGAGAUCUUAUUAAUUCUGGAUACCUGUGUUGCCUUAUGAUAGUACUGGAUCGCGAUGUACAAUAUGGAUUUAGUGAACACUUAUGUUAAAAACUAUUUACUUGCAAAAAGAAACUGAACUUCUGUAGAACAA